ACUGAAACUGGAUCCAGCCCAGGUCUGCGAGUAAACACUUCAGAGGGUGUUGUACUUUUGAGUUACUCAGGACAGAAAACAGAGGGCCCUCAACGAAUCAGUGCAAAGAUCAGUCAGAUUCCCCCAGCAAGUGCUGUUGAUAUAGAGUUUCAGCAGUCUGUGUCCAAGUCACAAAUUAAACAAGAACCUAUUACUCCAUCGCAGCCAGCACCGAAAGGCUCUCAAACUCCCACAGGAUAUGGGAAUGUGUCCACCCAUUCUUUGGUACUAGGAACCCAACCUUACAAUACAUCACCUGUGAUCUCCUCCGUUAAACAAGAACGCACUACCUUGGAGAAAUCUGAAUCAGGCCACCUUUCUGUCCAGACUCCUGCUUCUCAGUCAGGGCCUGUUAAAGUCCUCUCCCAGACUGUAAACACUCCACCUGUACUAGUUCACAACCAGAUGGUACUCUCUCAAAGUGUAGCUUCCGCCAACAAAAAACUUCCGGAUCUGACUGCUCUGAAAGUGGAGACUAAGGCUCUUCAGCCAUCAAACUUGAGCCCUGGGGUCAGUCCUCAUCACCCUUCCCUGUCUGGUAAAAUGCAUGCAGAAGCAAACCAUGUCAGCUCAGGACCCAACACCCCAACAGAUCGGGCUAUUUCUCAUUUGGGGGUUACAAAACAGGAGCCGCAUUCCCCACGUACAAGUGGGCAUUCUCCCUCUCCGUUUCCAAGGGCUUGUCAUCCUGGCAGUACCUCCUCUCCAGCUUUAUCUAGUAACACCUCUGUCAUGCUGGCGCCAGGAAUUCCUGUGCCUCAAUACAUAUCCAGUAUGCACCCUGAGCAAUCUGUUAUAAUGCCCCCUCAUAGUGUCACACAGACUGUAUCCCUGGGCCAUCUGUCACAAGGUGAAGUGAGAAUGAACACCCCUCCUUUGCCUGGUAUUCCCUAUGGCAUCCGCCCAGAAGCGCUCCACUCUCCCAGAGCAGCUCUACAAUCCCAGAUCGAAAUUAGACCGCAGAGAUCCAGCACACCUCAGCCAGCUCCAAUAAGAGACAUAGUCAUGCCUCCGUUAUCCUCUCAGCAUCCCCCAGAAGAUGAGAUGCAUUACCAUCAUACUGUGUGUAGAGGGUCAGCCCCUGUACAGUCCGACGUGUUAGUAAUGCAGACAGAUUAUCGCAUGCAUGCUACGGGUAUAAGACUCGACCAGUACAAUGUGCCUCGAGAUGUGAGGAUGAUGAUGCACCCACACUUGGCAGCAGUCGGCGACCACUACCCCGAAACGAGACAAUCCAGAACACCAGAAGGGUCUGUGAAAACUCCCCCAGUCAGCAAGACUCCACAACCUGGAAAAGAGGCGUCCAAGUCUUCUGAAGUCAAAAUGGCGCACUCUCCCCACAGUGAGCCCCGGCUCCUCAGCGUCCCUCCCAGCAGCCAGCUUCCUGGACUGCCUUUGACACAACCUGUGGUUGUACCUCAUGGAGUACAGAUCAUGCAUCCUGCAGGGAGUUCCUUUCAUGAUUAUAGAUCUGUGUAUGGCGACAUGAGAAAUUACCAUACAGCAGCCCAGCUUGGUCAUCCUCAGUUCCCUGGAGCAUCGCCAAUUGGUCUGCCUUCCCGGAGUAUGACCCCAUCUCAGGGUCUGCCAGAAGGUGAACACUCACAUCCCAGUCAGCCGGUGCGCAGCAAAACUCCUCAGAUUUCCCAGGACUCCAAGGGGUCACAGGCAGCAGGACCUGAACAAACCCACCACACCACUGUAAAUAGGCAUGCAGCACAGAUAGACCCUCAUGUACAUCUUCAGAGGGCACAGGCAGAUACGGGCCAGACUUCCUAUCCUUCCCCUGUUGCCAUUUCAAUGAAACAGGAGCUUCCAUCACCACACCAGCCUCAGACAGUUCAGAAGCAAUCUUUGUUUAUCCCUACAACUUCAGGCCCUGGGGCCCCACCGGGGCUGUCGUUGUCCCGCUCCGAACCUCAGUCUGCUCUCAUACAAGAUCCAUCUCCUCACUCUGUUUCUCAGAGACCUGUGGAUAUGGUUCAGCUCCUAACAAAAUACCCAAUCGUGUGGCAGGGCCUUUUGGCUCUAAAGAAUGACACAGCUGCAGUUCAGCUCCACUUUGUCUCUGGUAACAACGUCCUGGCGCACCGGUCCCUGCCAGCACCUGAAGGAGGACCUCCACUACGAAUUGCUCAGCGCAUGCGGCUGGAGGCUUCGCAGUUGGAGGGUGUGGCACGCAGAAUGAUGGUGGAGAGUGAUUACUGCCUAUUACUGGCCUUGCCUUGUGGACGAGACCAGGAAGAUGUAGUGAAUCAGACUGAGUCACUUAAGGCUGCAUUCAUCAGCUACCUGCAGGCUAAACAAGCUGCAGGAAUCAUCAAUGUUCCCAACCCCGGCUCUAAUCAGCCUGCCUAUGUUCUGCAGAUAUUUCCACCCUGUGAAUUCUCUGAAAGCCACCUGUCCCGUCUAGCUCCAGACCUCCUAGCCAGCAUCUCCAACAUCUCUCCUCACCUUAUGAUUGUCAUCGCAUCGGUAUGAGCUGUUUAUUGGUUACUGACUUUUCCAAGGCCCUGCAGCAAAAAAGAGAGAGAAAAAUUAAUGACAUAAGAAAAUGCUGCCAGACUACCAGCCUCCUGCCCUAACCGGCCUCGAUCAAACUGUUGCUGGGUAGUGGUUCUGCUACCUUGUAUGUUUACAUAUUGCUUUAGGUUAUGGACAACUGAUGCAUUCAACAGGCGGACUGGUAUUGGGUUUCUGUGCCUCCU